UCACUACUACAUUUGAUACAAAAACAAAUAACUGAGUUUAAUCUUACUCCUAACUGUCAAAGUUUUAAAGUAUCUAUUUGUUUUAACAACAUUUUCAUUAUGACUUCAUUUGGUUUUGGUCUAAGUGAAAUUAUUAAUGUGCCUUCUGUUUUUAAUGACAAAAAUAAUACGAAUAAUACAUUUAUCGAUCAUUCAGGUUGGUGCGUUGAUUGGCGGUCUUCUCAACAUUGGAUGUUUCAAAUGGCCAAUGUUCUAUUUAUUGUAUCUUAUUCGGUACCAACUAGCUAUUAUGGCAUAUUAUUUAUGCAUUCAACUUUAAUAGCAGGUUUUCUUAUGUUGAUUACUUGGGCAUGGAGAAUAGUAUGUGCACCUGAUGUUUUCACUUGGAAUUUAUGUUUUCUUUUUAUUAAUAUUUUACAACUAAUUUAUCUUAUUUAUCAAAGAAGGCCAAUUAAUUUUAACUCGGAACUUGAACAAGUUUACCGUAGUAUGUUUAAGCCUUUCAAGGUUACUAGAAUUCAAUUUAAAAAGCUGGUUAGUGAACAAUUUGCCCAAAUUGUUACUCUACACGUUGGUGAGGCCUAUGCUAUGCAAAAUAUCACUAAGACUGAUAGACUUGGGCUGCUUUUGACUGGUAAAGCUAAUGUACUCCAAGACCAUCAGUUUCUACACCCUAUUAGUCCAUGUGAAUUUUUGGAUUCUCCUGAAUUUGAAAGCAGAGGAUCUUCUGAAGACAAAUUUAAAGUUUCUGUAAUCGCUGCAACAACUUGUCGAUAUAUAUUUUGGCAAAGAUCAGCAUUAGAAUAUUUAUUUGUGAAAGAAACAUAUUUAGCCACUGUAAUAGCUACUUUAAUUGCAAAGGAUAUAACUAUUAAACUUUACGCAAUGAAUAAUAAAAUUAUGACAGAAAAAGGAUCACAUUUAGAUAUUAGGUUACCAAGUAUUACUCCAGCUUUAGCAUCAAAAGAUUGUAAGCUACCAAUUGUGAAAACUUUAAAAAAACAAACAAUCACAUCACAUUGUCCUAAAUCACCUAUACCAGCUGUGAAAAUCACCAAAUGCGAUACAUUGACCAUGGAUAAAUGCCCGAUAACCAAUGGCAAAUUUGACAGGAUGAACUUGGCCAAUGAAAUGGGUAACACAGGAGUGGAAAAUUGGCUGGAAAAAACUUCGAAAUACCACAGUUUAGAAAUGGCUGAUGAUGAAUAAAUUAUAAUUUGGUUAUUU